AUGGGUUGUGGUGUGGAUAAAGAUAAAGCCAAUGGAAUGACCGCCGGUGGAGCGGACAUCUUUACCACAUUUGAGUCUGAGGAUCAAGCCACCUUCUAUCAGCCUGGAAUGGAAUUGACCGAGUUGUGGUGUGAUCUGGAAAGAGCUCUUAAUGAAGCUGUACUCUAUCAGCCUUUGAGUUUCCUUGCUCCGUCCCCGCAUCAGGACGACGUUGCUUCUCGGCCACUUGGCUUCCCUGUCAAUCUGGGUGAUUGUUCACCGUAUAGUUUGUGGCGAUCUUCUUUGAUCCCGGACUCGUCUGAUCGUUCAUCAGUAGCUCCACUGUCGUUCCGUCUGAACUCUCCAACUCGAACCAAUCCGGACAGCUGUCCCUUCCCGCUACCCAAUCCGGAUAGUCCCUUAGCGCAAACUAUCCUGCUCUACGCCGGUGUGGAUUUGUGGAAGUCACAUUUGUUUCUCUCCGCGUUCUGCCAACAAACUCGCCAAGUUCGAACACAACUGGACAGUUUCUCUGCCCCCAUAGUAAUAUGCGAAGAUAACGAACAGGAUGAACCUCAAGAAUCGGACCCAGAUGUUACUAUUGGCCCGGUCUCUGAACACUAUUUAUCCUAUCUUACAGCAUCCGCCCCUUCUCCAGUGGAGUUAAGCGAAUCGUUGUGCUCUCUUGAUCAGUGCACAAAUCUGGCCAAGUCCAAGUCAACUUGUACAGAGGCGUCAACAGUCAUCGAGGGUCAAUCCCACUCAACUACAACCGGAUUCUCCACCCUUACCAACAUCGCCGCGUCUGGUCUCAUCCGGUGUCUGAUUUGUAAUUUUCGUGCUCACACUGCGAAAGAAAUGCAACACCACCUUUCUGGAGCACAGCCGUUCACACUGACCAAAUGCGCUUUGUGCGGACAAGCAGUUUGCAUUCGUCACCCAAAUUUGUGCGCAGUUAAGGCGCAUUUACUAUUGCAUUUGGACUGUUAUCUGAUGUGCCCGCAGUGCGGGUUCACGCCUCCGGCUCAUUUGAAUCCAGAUUCUGCUGAACUAUGCAUGCGGAUUCAUCUGCGAUUUAUAUGUUUUCAUUACAACGUACUUCAAGUCUAUUUGUGUGCCCGAUGCCACGACCAAGGCAAGGCGUUCCAUUCACUGACCAAUCUCUGUCAGCAUUAUUUUGAUCGUCAUUCUACUCGAGUGUAUGCGUGUCUGUGGUGCUUGCGAUCGACGACAAAUCAGGUUUCUGUCAGUUCCACGGUUACCGCGUCAGGCACAAACGGGAUAGAAAAACAUUCAUCAACCGGUUAUACAGACUCUGUUCAGGAUGCCUUGGAGCCGAAUCGCGGUCCGGAUGCACCGUCCGAUCCCCAGUCCGAUGGACGUUCCCUGUCUCCGGAAACAUCCGCAACACUGCAGAAGAAGCCAAUUUUUUCGUUUGCCAGCUCCCGUGAACUUUUGUUUCACAUUCGUAACGCCCAUCGUCAUGUUCUGACCCCAUCAACUUCGAUGGCCCCGUCGACCACUUCAGCAUCAGUGACGACCACAACUACUACUACGACAAUCACUGGCAUCAACAACAACAAGAGCAGUGACACCAUCAACUCUACAGUAAUGAUGAUCCGUCCAAGUGACAGCACAGAGGCACUUACGGGCUAUUCUGCAGUCGACGGUGAAGUGACUGCUUCCGAUACAUCCGGUAUCGGUCCGUCCACCGUGAAGUCAUGUACAGCUGCAGAUAAACGUGCAUCCAUCGGAAACGCAGUUGUUACCAGUGACGGCAGCAAUAACGCUGACGCAUUCACCGGGCUCCGUUCUGGGGACAAUCCAAUGCCGUUAUGUUUGGUGCACGGUGUGGACUUUUCGUGCGGGUACAAAUGUUCCGAGUGUAUUCAAGUGUUUGAUAAUCGGGACACAUUCGCGCGUCACUUCCGCUCGUAUCAUCCAUUGGCUUAUUCAUCCGUGUGCUGCUACCGUUGUUUCGGUUCUUGUAAGCGACUGUCUUAUAAACUCGAGGAGUUUCGUCGACAUGCGGCCAACUGUACGAGCGCGCGACGCAUGUUCAUGUACACUUUUACCUCUCAGAGAAACCGUGCGACAAUCUAUCCAUUUGACCACUCCAGUUCUAAUCUAAUGUCCAACAGUUCCGGAAAUCCACUGUGUUUCUGUUCAUAUUGUGGUAUUGGCGCACGCCGCCUCGACAAUCCGACUGUAGUCACUGCACCCGCUACACGUCCAAAUUCACCUAAAAGCCCUAGCGAUUCGCCAGCGCAUCUGGUCAUCGAUGAACAGGAGCCGGAUACUGCUCCGCUAAUCCGAACAUCUUCAAAUCGGUCUAUGAGCACCGAUUCACUGGCUUUGAUGCCUCAACAAGCAACGACUAGAGAACCCAUGUACGAUGCAUGCUACUUCUCCUCUCUGUCCAGUUUGCGAACCCACGAAUCACAGUAUCAUGGAUUUGAAAAUAACAGUCAAAUCGCUUGUCCUUGGUGUGGUCACCGGUUAUCUUGUUACCGACGUCAGGAUUUACAUGUGACCAUAACACAUUUGGGAUCCCAUUUGCGUAAACACAACCUCGCCUCGUGGACAAUGGAAAGAAAAAGACGAUGGAACAAACCAAAUGGAGAUCUUCCACUCUGUUCAUGUGGAAGCGCUCUCCUCGAUUCACCGAUGGCACUCGCUUCACAUUGUUCCGUUCAUUUAUUGUCUCGCAAUCCACUGUUGACACAUCGCGGUGCAUCACUACGUCCAGAUCCUGCAUCGCGAACCAAUCAGUCUGGAACUAUACCUACUUUGAAUGUGACCGAGAACGACUCAGACUCUCCGAUGCCCCUGGACCGUUCCGAUUCCAACAUCAGAUCGGCUUCGACCGCUUACAACCGGCUUCUCCAACCCAUGAGAUCUGUAAUUAGACCCAGUCCCACUGCACAUAUACCUUGUUCGAUGGACGUGUACAGACAUCUGCGAUUUGCGGAAUUUCCCGAUUUGGAUCACUAUUUGAGUGAGGCUUUGGAAGACACUCGGCAACCAUUCGUUUGUCCCAUGUGCGAUUGUCGUACUGCAACACGCUGGGCUCUGACCGAGCAUGCUUUUGUCGAGCAUUGGGGUGUUUUGUGCUUCGUUUGCUGCACGGAUAUCAUAUCCGACACAAAAAAAUCAUAUACGAAUGCGCCAUCAAAUCAUCUGGGUCAGGCCGUCGUGGUUUCGGAUACACUUCAAUCCGAUUCAUCACAUGAUUUAACCUCCAGCAAAUCGCGUCCGCUACGAGAGCUCAGCCCACAAUCUUCUUAUUCAGCCAGCGCACCUACUACUGACCCAAUGAGUGGAAAACAGGACGAUGACGGUUCAUCCUCAGGCAACUUUUGGACUCAUCUUCACCACUGCAUGCACACGCGCGGUCAAGCAGUUCGACGUUCUCGACGCACCUUGCUAGAGACGUCCUCUGAAGACCGUCUUGUUAAUCGUUAUCCUCCCGUGGCUAACAGCGCUUCUCAUGUUUCCCAAGACGACCCAGAUAUGGUCAUUGUUCCACUGGAUCGAGAUCAUGCAUAU